ACCAGACCGGGAGGGUUCUGCUCCCCAACCGGCGCCACCGAAACCCCUUGACGGCCGGACCGCCGCUGCCGCUGCCGCUGCCGCCCGUCGCCGCGCCCCUCCUCGGCGUCCACCGGCAGGACUCCAUAGUAUUACGGCAUCCCCUUCACACCCGCUUCCAUCAGGCGGUGGGCAUCUCGCGGUGUUCACCAGCAGGGGGGAGGGGGGCUCGAUUCGGCUGCUGAGAGCUGAGGGAGGAGCGGCCAAGAUGUCGGAUUUCCAGACCUCCACGCACCGGGAGCGGUGGAUCUUCCAGCCGCAGGACCUGGUGAAUAAGUGGACGACGGCGAACCGGCGUUCAGCGGAGAUCCUCGCCCAAUAUGGGACGACGCGAUUGAAGGUGGACCCUGUUGAUGGCUCGAUAUCGAACCCAGAACCCGUGCCCGACCAUGUUGUUGGGAGCUCGAGUGUGAAGCCUCUAUCCUGCGAAGAGGAGCAAGUGAUGCGGAUAUUUUACGAGCAAAAGAUUCAAGAAGUGUGCAGAGCAUUCAAAUUCCCCCAUAAAAUUCAGGCUACAGCGAUCAUAUAUUUCAAGAGAUUCUAUCUACAGUGGUCUGUAAUGGAGCACCACCCAAAGCAUAUUAUGUUAACUUGUGUAUAUGCUUCUUGCAAAGUGGAAGAAAAUCAUGUUUCUGCUGAGGAACUUGGCAAAGGGAUUCAGCAGGACCACCAGAUUAUUCUAAAUAAUGAGAUGAUUGUUCUGAAAUCUUUAGAUUUUGAUUUGAUCGUUUAUGCUCCAUAUCGUUCUAUCGAAGGAUUUAUUGAUGACAUGGAUGAUUUUUGUAAUGGUGCACACCAACGGUUGAAGGAUUUGCAUCAAACUGCGAAUUCUGAGGUUGACACAAUGAUGUUGACUGAUGCACCUCUUCUCUAUACUCCUGGACAGUUGGCUUUGGCUGCUCUGUACAAGUCCAACAGUGCACUCAGUGUCCUCGAUUUUGAAAGAUACUUGGAAAGUGUUUUUUCAAGGCAACACUUUGAUUGUCCUGUCGAACAAUUUAUUCAGAUAAUCAGUUCAAUCAAUCACCUGGUUAGCCAGCUUCAACUACCUGGUACGAAAGAAAUGAGGCAUGCUGAUCGCAAGCUGAAGCAUUGUUUGGAUCCAAGCUCAAGCUCUCAUGAUGACCACAAGAAGAAAGAAAAGAAGUCAAAGCACAAAUCGAAAAGGACUGCCAGUGAUGCCCAGCUCAACAGCUAGAAAUCGUGCAGCUGGACAGCUGUGCUGUGUAAGAAAUCGUGCAGUUGGUGGCAAGGACUUGUACUGUGCUAGGCGCGUUAGCUGCUUUAUCAUGCAACCAAGUUCUACUCAAGCUCUUCGAUUGAUGCGAUUUCAAUUCCGACUUUAUCCAGCCAUCGGAUCAGUGAUGCUGAGCGGAUCUCCUCACCAGCCUAAGUCUUGGCUAAGGACAGACAGUUUUCGGAUGAGGCGCCUUACUGUAACCUUGCACGUCCUGCGCCAGCGAGUGCUGUGCUUUUUGUAACUCAAUAAUUUUAUUAUUAGGGAGGCUUAAAUCUUGGGCGCGAGGGGAGAGAAACUUUGAGGUGUAAAACAUUAUUACUAGAGUAACUUAGGGCCUGUUUGGUUUCAAA